UACGUCGGCGCCGACCGCCCGCGCGAGCUGCCGCUCAAGCUGCGGCGCGUGAACAUGGCGUUCCACAACGACGAGGAGCACUACGCCAUGGCGGGCGACCGCGCGUGGGCGGAGUGGAACGCGCUGCGCCCGCCGAACGGGGGCGACGUCUACCUCGGCGCGCACCCGCUCCCGUUCGGCGUGUCGAUGUGGCACCAGCUGCAGUGCCUGAACCAGCUGCGCGAGGCCGUCGUGCACGGCGAGGACGGGACGCCGUACACGGCGCACUGCUUCCACUAUCUGCGCCAGGCGCUGCUGUGCCGCGGCGACCUGACGCUCGAAGAGGGCGGCACGAGCAUGGUGAACCCGAACGGGGAGGGCACGAUCGCGCCGACGGUGAACAUGUCGCACACCUGCAGGGACUGGCGACAGGUGUAUGACUGGACGGUGGAGCAGCGGAAGACGUGGACGCCGGAGAUGGUCAGGGUGCAGGAGGAUAUGGUCGAGGGCACGUUCCUCGCCAUGGGCGAGGGCCUAUAG